AUGGGGUGUAUUAAUGUGAAUGCAAGGAGUUCCUCGGAACGGGGGCUCGGGGCAGCAACAGGAUUGUGUUUAAGGGCUAUGGGGCGGAACCUCGGGAAGGGGCGCUUGUCUCACCCGAAACGCUUUAAAGGGGACACUUCACCCCCUGCGACAUGGAAGUGUAAGUUGAUAAAGGAUGCCAAUGCAGCCAUGCUCAGCAACUUUGAGGUGUUCAAGCUCCUGACUGACCUCAAGGAGCAGAGGAAGGACAGCAUGAAGAACAAACAUAGUGCCGGCCAGCAGAACCUCAACACCAUCAUGUACGAGACGCUGAAAUACCUCUCCAAGACCCCCUGCAGUCGGCAGAGUCCGGAGACGGUCAGGGAGUUCCUUACUACCAUGAUGCCCCACAAACUCACAAAAGCGGAGAAACUCCAGCUGUUGAACCACAGACCUCUGACAGCAGUGGAGAUCCAACUGAUGGUGGAGGAGAGUGAAGAGCGGCUGUCAGAGGAACAGAUCGAGGAGCUGAUCCAGACGGUCACGAGCGCCCUCCCCGGGGACCCGGAACAAGAGGGCGCAGCCUCGGCGGAGGCAGACGUGGACCAGGGACUCUGACCAGCUCACCUCCUGGAGGGACACGUUCUACACUCUCAUUGGGUUCAUUUGUGUCUACUUUCCAUUAGCGUAAAAUGCACAAAAGCAGACGUCAAAAGAAUGGAAGAUUUUUUUUUCUCCUCCUAAGGUUGCUAAAGCUUGAAGUGAGUUUAUAUUAAUGAAUGUUUGUAUAUAAUUUCUGGAUAAUAAAAACUGUUAGCAAA